CAAAAGACAUUUCUAGUUUUGGUCAGCAUUGGCACUAGAGCCUGCUGCUACUCACCCUUUGUCUCUCACUCUCUCGUUCUUGCGUGAUCCGACUCACCUACCGCCAUUUUUCCACUUGCAAUGGCUGCCGGUAUGAAAAGGAGAAAGCUGUUGAUGACUUUCGGGAACUCAGUAUCAACUUCUAACAUAUUUACUCGUAUUGUUUCUUAUGCUCGCUCCACCUUUCUUACUUCUCGCCAUCUUCUUCCCGGAAACCACCAUCAUCAUUCCGAUGCUUCGCUUGAUCGACAACUCGAUGGUUGGUGGGUUGGAAUUUCCGGAGAAGCAAAAUAUCCUUCUGGUCAAAUUGUUCAUAUAAGUGCGGAGCAGGGGAGAUACUUGGCAAGAAGUUAUAGUCCUUGGCAGCUCGCAACAGCCAAAACUGGAACUCCAGUAUUUGAGAUAUAUGCGAUUGGUUCAGAAGGUGAAUACAAGGAACAGGCCAUCUAUAUAAAGCAUAAGGAAGCUUGUCCAUAUUCAUCAGGGUCCUUACAGGACAUGAAGGUAUGUAUUGGCAUGUUUCCCUUGACAAGACCAAGUAGUAAAACCGAUCAGGCAAAUGGGGCUGCAGUGGAUUCACUCGUAGAGAAAGCUGCAGUAUGCUCUGGCUUUGUUGUUGGUGACAUUGUAGAGAAGGUUCCUGGGACUCACAAUAAAAAAGUAGUUCGGGUACCAGCAACAUUUGAGAGAAAAGAAAGCUUCUUAUUCUGUCUGACGCUGGAAGGAGACCAAGAUCAAGAUGUUUAUGACGACAAUGAUCAUGAAGUUUAUCGUACUACACACCAUGAUUAUUUUAAGUUUGUUGAAUUUAUUGGCAUAGGGACACCCAUGAAGAAUAUUUCACCGAAGGAAGACAAAGAUAGAUAUAUUUCGCUCCUCGUCAGCCGGGCAAGAAACCAACAACCGCUUCUAUCUCGAAUAACAAACUUCAUUCGGAUUGACAUUCCAACAUCAUCUGAUCCUUUAAAUGGAUUAUAUAUUGGUUCAAAUGGUUAUCUCGCUUCAGAAGUCAUUCAAUUGAGGAAUUUUUAUGCUCCUUGGCACGAGGUUGGAGGCAUAGAGAAUGUUUCAGAGCCUGAGUUGUGCAAAUAUGUUGAAGCUGUGAAUUUGACUGGUGAUUUUGAUAUGGCAGCUGGCCAGGUGAUGUUCCGGGCAAAAGUUGGGGAAAAAUAUAAGCUUCGUCCAGAAAUCGAUCUUGAAGAAAUGUAUGGAGCUGUUGAUCUCUACAAAGGAAAAGGGAGGCUUCCUGGAUUUCAGAAUUCUGAAUGGGUGGAUGUCGAUGUUUUGAUUAUCGGGGAAGAGCAUUGCGAAGAUGGAAUUGCUAUUGCAGUUCUAUAUUCAGCUCCUGAAUAUUAUUUCUUGAAGUUUUUUAAGCAGCUGAAUCUGCAGAGCUUUCAAGAAUCUCACUAAUUUAAAUUUUUAUUUACUGAUGUUUGUUAUUCUGAUCAGCUAAUGUACCUAUCGAUUCCAAAUGUGAAGUUGAAGGAUUGGCACUGGAUCAUAUUGGUAGCUUAUUGAAUUUUUGUUACCUUUUUGCGCUACUUUAUCCGGCCUCGUUAUUUAGGAGAGAAGUCCCUGAUCUUGAAAAUAGGUGUUGAAAAAAUUGAAAAAUUCUACAAAUUCCAAAAUUAUUAUUCUCAAAAAAAUUUAGAUGUAAUAAUAAUGGACCAAACAUCAUUUUUGAUUGAUAUCAUCCAAAUAUUA